UAUAGGAAAGUAACAUGCCUAUUCAUGAACUCAUGGUUAUGUAUGGAUAUUCAAAAAAUACUCCUCCGGAAACCAAUAUAAGAAAGAAAAAGAAGAAGAAGAAGAAGAGCUCGUCAAAGAAAAGUAAAGAUAAAAAAAGAAAGAAAAAGCUUUCAACUUCAUCUGAUGGUGUUGCAGAGAAAAAAUCUAAAUCAACUGAUAAGCAAAGUUUAGUAGAAGAAAACGCUGGUGAUUCAUCAAAUAAAAUCGCAGAAGAAACUACAAAGGAAAAUGGAGGUGUUAAGGAUGCUAAACAAUCUGAUGAUGCAUCUAAGUUAUUAGACUUAUAUAUGGCUGAACUUGAAGUUAAAACUAGGUCAGUAGCAGAGUUGGUUCAUUUUUAUUAUUUCUGGAAAAAAAGUGAUAGGCAUGAUCAAUUUGAAAGAAAACAAGUUUCAAUGCGUCCAGAAAUGAAGCAGUGGCAACAUUGGGAGUCAGAAGAAGAUCAAGAUAGUGAUUUUGAUUCAAGUAUAUUUCCAGAUAAUAGCCAUGAUGAUAGUGAGGAUAGCUUGAACGCUGCUGAAAAUAAAGCACAAAUGAAGUGUUUAAUUUAUGCUGAUCGCAAAAGACAAAUUGAGAAUUAAUAAUUCAUCCAAAAAUUGUGUUAUGUCGUCAAAUUUAAUACAAUGUAAUAGUUCUUCAUUAUUACAUAAUGCCUGUCACUCGGAAACUGUUUGAGAAAUCCACAGAUAUUGCAUAAUUACCUGUUCAAGUUACAUUUGGAAAUAGAUACUUCAAUAAUAGUUAUUCUCAAAUAUCAGAUUAACUUAAAGUCUUCAUGAUAAAUGAUAUUUUAAUUUCAGCCAUGGUGAUACAGGUUUGCAUAAAAUACAAAAUUGAUCUUAGAACAUAAUUUAACUAACAUAUUUAUAUAGUA